AUGCAGAAGAAAUCCGUUCAGCAAUUGCAGAUUUACAUUUUGUCGCCGUCCCACAGGAUGAAAAAUAAUACCAUAUGUCCUAUUCCAGGACCUCAAGUAACUUUAUACCAGAUUUCAUGAAAAAUCCUUGCAGCCGGUAAGGAGCUGAGUGGUUAAACACACACAACAUAAACACCCCAACUCCACUUCCACCCCUUCCCCCCUUCCCCCCAUCCCGACCCGGGUUAUUUUCGACAAGGAAUUUUAUUAAAAUACCUCUUGUUGAAAUUCAUUAAACAGUGAAUAUUACAGAGAGAAGUUUGCCUUUGUGUUUGUGAACUGUGGUCCGCGCCGCCCGCCCUCGACUCCCGCCGCGUGCGCGGGGAGGCGCGCGGCGCGGUUUAAAAGGGCGCGGCUCGUGGGCGCGGGGCGCAGUCUGACGACGGCGGCCGAGAUGCGCGCCUGGUACCUCGCCGCCGCGUGCCUCGCGGCCUGCGCGCACCUGCUGCUGCUUCUGCCCGCCGCCGGCCAGGAGGCGCGCGUGUCCUACCAGGGCGCGCAGCUGCUGCGGCUCGCCGUGCUGUCCGAGGAGGACCGGCGCCUCGUGGAGGCCCUGGAGGGCGACGGCGACGUGCAGAUCUGGAGCGGCCUGCACCAGAACGGCAGCGAGGUGGACGCGCUGGCGCUGCCCGGCAGCGCGGAGAGGGUGAAGGAGCUGCUGGAGUCCAGCAACGUGACGUACAGCGUGGUCAUCGAGGACCUGGAGGACGCCAUCCGCUCCGAGAACCCCGUGCCGUCCGAGGAGGAGAUGCAGGAGCUGGAGGGCCGCAAGGGUCACCGCAUGACCUGGUAUUCGUACCACCGCAUGGCUGAAGUCCACGGCUACCUCGAGUACCUGGCCCAGACCUAUCCCAAGCUGUGCAGCGUCCAGGCGAUCGGCACCUCGGGCCAGGGUCGGCCCUUGAAGGUGCUGAAGAUCUCGUCCGGGAAGCCCAACAGCCGGGCCAUCUGGGUGGACGGAGGUAUCCACGCGCGGGAGUGGAUCUCGCCUGCGGUCGUGACGUACAUCAUCAACGAGCUGGUAGAGAACUACGAGUCGCACAGUGACGCGGUCCAGGCGGUGGACUGGUACAUACUGCCCAUCGUGAACCCGGACGGCUACGAGUACACCCACACCACCAACCGCCUGUGGCGCAAGAACCGGCGCAGCAACGCCGACAGCCGCUGCAUGGGGGUGGACCUGAAUCGCAACUUCGGCUACAAGUGGGGCGGCAAGGGCUCCAGCCGCGACCCCUGCACCGAGAUAUACGCCGGCCAGUACGGCUUCUCCGAGCCGGAGACGUCCGCCAUAUCCGGCUUCUUGACCCCCAAGAUAGGCACGGUCAAGGCGUACGUGACGUUCCACAGCUACGGCCAGUACUUCCUGUACCCGUGGGGCUACGACCGGGUGCUGCCCCCCGACUACAAGGAGCUGGACCGCGUGGCACGCAAGGCCACCCAGGCCAUGCAGGCCGCGGGAAGCUACUACACCGCGGGCUCCUCCGCCACCACCCUCUACCCCGCGUCAGGGGGGUCGGACGACUGGGCAAAAGGCGUGGCCAAGGUGAAGUAUGCCUACACCAUCGAGCUGAGGGACAAAGGCCGCUACGGCUUCAUCCUGCCGGCCAACUACAUCAUCCCCACGGCCAAGGAGGGCCUGGCCGCCAUCAAGAUAAUAGCCCAGGAGGUGGCCAGGCUGAAGUAGGCUAUCCCCUGCCCGUUUCCCUUUGGUUUCUUUCCUCAGGUCUGAGCACUGGCUCCUGAACGAACUGGUUGCCAUUAUUUAUUGUUUGCUACAAAUGUGUUGUGGUUGUGACAGUUUGUUGAGAUUUGUAAAUAAAAACUAAUUAAUUAUUUGCGCUUCAAUAUUUAUUUUUAACCUAGCCCUUAUCCUUUUCUGUGGUGACUGAAGUGGAUAUUUUGAUUGCUCCAAUAGAUGAUGUGUAUUAUUUAGCUAAAUAAAUUAUUUGUAAAAUAUUUUUUUUUAUAUAGCUGUGAAUUUGAAUAAAAAUUAUUUUGACACGUU